AUGUGGAAGAGCAAGACUUUAAUCUUGCUGCACGUCGUGCUUGUCCUGAUGCUCGCACAGUCGGCUCUCGCUGCGCUCAAGAACGAGUUCCCAAUCUUUCCUCUUCCCGAGGAGGUGCCUCCCGAGAGUCAGGACGGCCGCAGCAUCUACAGAGGACCCGUGAACGAAGAUCUCUAUCCCGCAGUGCAGCGUCCGGCUCCUAUCGCACAGAAUCUGCCUUCGUCCAAAGCAGGCACGCGGCCGACCCUGGUGGCGGCCGACAUGGCGCGUGAUCGAGACGGCGCUCUGGUUCCUGGCAGACCUUACGCACUCAGGCUCUCGCCAGAGACGAAGCCGACGGGCUGGAGAGGCUUGCUUCCCAACUGGAAGACCGGUGGUGUUACUUCGUCAACGGAGCAGUUGCAACAGCUUCUGCGGGAAAGGCGACCUCUUGAGGCCGUCUACAAUCCCACUGCCGUUCCUGAUACAGCUGCUCUCAGUCGCCCCUACUACAGCAUCAAGCUUCCCGGUAACGGAAGGGACGCCGAGGUGCUCAAGAUGAUGCAAAAGAAGGGAAAGCCUUUCUACACCGUGGGCGCAAAAGGCAAGGUGUUUUACUUUGACACCAAGGAUGGCAAGAGCUGGACAUUCACCGACAAGGUUAGUGACGCCGAUAGGCAAGGAGUCAGCGCCAACCUGGAGCAAGCCAACAAGCAGUACCAAGCGGCAGUUGCUGCUGAAGCGGAAGCACGAGCGAGAGUCCAAAACAGGAUGCUGGCCAGGCAGCAAGCUGCUCGAGCUGCUAUGGUGGCCAGAGAAGGCGCGGCGUCCUCUUCCUCGUGGCUUCAGAAGAUCAAGGGCUGGUUCGGCUCGGCUCCAGACGUUCUGAGGCCAAUCCACCCGGCCUCGCCUGACAACCAGCUCGUCAUCACACUCAUUUUCUCCCCUUCGCAGUCGUCCUCUCUUUCAAAACCAACCUGGGUCGUUGCAGCAGCCGGGAGCUCUGCAGCCUCGUUCAAUUUCCACACGAUGCUUGGCAACAUUCUCCGGGCCUCUUUUCUCGUCCAUCUGUUGCUGCUGGUCUGCGAUGUUGCGGGUGCGCCCGUUCAACGAGGAUCGUCUCUGCCUCCGAUCCUCGAGAACUCGCCGUUUGGAGCGCAGCCCAUUGGCACGGAUCCAGCACUGAUCCCGGGCCUAGAGGCGGCCCGAGCCAGAGCGGCUCUCCGCCGGCUGCAGGGUCAAAGUGCCUUCGCAGGACCGAAUACCUUCCUCCCGGGCAUGCGCGAGGUGACUUCAGCUCCCGCUGGCAAGGGCUCUGGUUCCGAGUCAUGGUGGCCGUGGUCUGGGUCUGGGGCCGCCUCGACUGACGCCGAGAUCAACGAGCUGCUGCACGCUUCACCGACCUCUCGAGCGGGCAAGGAUAUCUCGACCAACCCUGCUACGGUGGGCCGAUCGUAUCAGGCGGUGAAGCUGCCCGGUGAAGGUAUGGACGCUCUGGUGGUGAGCAGGAUGAUGCAGCAGCGAAAGCCGUUCUUUGUGCAGGGCGCCAAGGGCCGUGUGUGGCUGCUGACGCUCACCGGCGACUUUAGCGCGUACCGUGCGACGCGACAGCAGGAGAGCGUAGCUGCGCUCGUCAGAGACGCUAUCAAGAGCUGGCCCAUUCCAACGGUCGCCAUCCGCAACACGGCUGUUCCGCAGCAAGUGAUCAGGGCCGGACGCUCCGCGGAGGCCAAUGCGCCGCUGUGGGAACAGCUCAGCGAUGCCUGGUUCGGAAAGGUCCGCCAGGGCGUCAAGUACAUUCGUCCCGCCUAG